UCGAGUCGCGCGCUCUACAUUUGUUCACUCUUUCACAUUCACAACAACAGUCUUCGGCGGUAGCAGCUGAUGUAAUAGAGCAGCACUUUAUCCGAAAAAACAACACAGUUUUAUAAAUAAUAGUGUACAUUUGUGCUAUACUGUCCAGCAGAAGACUUCAACCAUGCAUGUAAUCAAACGAGAUGGACGCCAGGAACGUGUCAUGUUUGACAAAAUCACAUCACGCAUUCAGAAGCUCUGCUAUGGGCUCAACUCUGACUUUGUUGAUCCUACUCAGAUCACCAUGAAGGUCAUUCAGGGCCUUUACAGCGGCGUCACCACAGUAGAGCUGGACACCCUGGCUGCUGAGAUCACUGCUACUCUGACCACUAAACACCCAGACUAUGCCAUCCUGGCUGCGCGCAUUGCUGUAUCCAACCUGCACAAGGAAACUAAGAAAGUCUUCAGUGAGGUUAUGGAGGAUCUGUAUCACUAUGUGAAUCCCUUGAACAACCUCCACUCGCCUAUGGUUUCCAAAGAAACCCUUGACAUUGUCUUGGCCAACAAGGAUCGCCUCAACUCGGCUAUCAUUUUUGACCGAGAUUUCUCCUACAACUUCUUUGGCUUCAAGACAUUGGAGCGCUCGUAUCUGCUGAAGAUCAAUGGAAAGGUUGCCGAACGCCCUCAGCACAUGCUGAUGAGAGUUUCUGUGGGAAUCCAUAAGGAGGACAUCACAGCAGCCAUCGAAACCUACAAUCUGCUGUCUGAAAAGUGGUUCACUCAUGCCUCUCCUACACUCUUCAAUGCGGGCACCAACCGACCACAGCUCUCAAGUUGCUUCCUGCUGGCUAUGAAAGAUGACAGUAUUGAGGGGAUCUAUGACACUUUAAAGCAGUGUGCCCUCAUCUCAAAGUCUGCUGGAGGUAUUGGGGUGGCAGUAAGCUGCAUAAGAGCCACAGGCAGCUACAUUGCAGGGACUAAUGGCAACUCAAAUGGCCUGGUUCCUAUGCUUCGUGUCUACAACAAUACAGCUCGUUAUGUUGACCAAGGAGGAAAUAAGAGACCAGGAGCUUUUGCCAUGUAUCUGGAGCCCUGGCACUUCGAUAUCUUUGACUUCCUGGAGCUCAAGAAGAACACCGGGAAAGAGGAGCAGAGAGCUAGAGACCUGUUUUACGGCCUGUGGAUUCCUGAUCUCUUCAUGAAGCGAGUGGAAAGCAAUGGAGACUGGUCUCUGAUGUGCCCAAGUAACUCUCCUGGGCUGGAUGAGUGCUGGGGCGAGGAGUUUGAAAAACUGUACACAAGGUACGAACAGGAGGGCAGAGCAAAACGUGUGAUAAAAGCCCAGCAGCUGUGGCAUGCUAUCAUUGAGUCUCAGACUGAGACUGGUACGCCUUAUAUGCUUUACAAGGAUGCCUGCAACCGUAAGAGCAACCAGCAGAAUCUGGGCACCAUCAAAUGCAGUAAUCUAUGCACAGAGAUUGUAGAGUACACCAGUCACGAUGAGGUGGCUGUUUGUAACCUGGCAUCCAUUGCUCUUAAUAUGUACGUCACCUCUGAGCGAACAUUUGACUUCAAGAAGUUGGCCUCAGUUACGAAAGUCAUCGUGAAGAACCUUAACAAAAUCAUUGAAAUCAACUUCUACCCAGUGAAAGAGGCUGAGAACUCCAACAAGCGUCACAGGCCCAUUGGUAUUGGCGUACAGGGUCUGGCUGAUGCUUUCAUCCUUAUGCGUUUCCCCUUUGAGAGUGCAGAGGCUCAGCUACUAAACAAACAAAUCUUUGAGACCAUCUAUUAUGCUGCUCUGGAGUCCAGCUGUGAGCUGGCUGCAGAAUUUGGAACGUAUGAGACGUACCCUGGGUCUCCAGUUAGCAAGGGCAUUCUUCAGCAUGAUAUGUGGGAUGUGACACCAACAGAUCUUUUGGACUGGAAGGCACUCAAAGAGAAAAUCGCCAAACACGGAGUUCGCAACAGCCUGCUUCUUGCUCCCAUGCCCACUGCCUCCACAGCUCAGAUCCUGGGCAACAAUGAGUCAAUCGAGCCCUACACUAGCAACAUCUACACACGCAGAGUUCUGUCUGGAGAGUUUCAGAUUGUAAACCCACAUCUUCUCAAAGAUCUCACAGAGCGAGGGCUUUGGAACGAAGAUAUGAAAAACCAGCUUAUCUCUCAGAACGGAUCCAUCCAGUCUAUUCCUACGAUACCCGAUGAUCUUAAGGAGCUUUACAAGACAGUGUGGGAGAUCUCACAAAAGGUCAUCUUAAAGAUGGCUGCAGACCGAGGUGCCUUUAUUGACCAAAGCCAGUCUCUCAAUAUUCACAUUGCUGAACCCAACUAUGGCAAGCUGACCAGUAUGCACUUCUAUGGCUGGAAACAGGGUCUUAAAACAGGAAUGUAUUACCUGAGGACUAAGCCAGCCGCUAACCCCAUCCAGUUCACUCUGAAUAAAGAGAAAUUAAAGGAGACGCCUAAAGACACAAACGAGGAGGAGGAAACAAAAGAACGCAACAUAGCUGCUAUGGUGUGCUCACUGGAGAACCGCGAUGAUUGCCUGAUGUGCGGCUCCUAAACCAAACUGAUUUGUCAGUGAGGUUAUUAGGAGGAUUAUUAUAUGUGUAUUGUACAGUAUUUUGUGUUUUUCCACCUGACAUGGAUAGAAUUAUAGUAAUAUUCAUUAAUGAUAUGAAUGUAGUUUCCUCGUCGGUAUAACAUGACAAUUCUGCUUGAUCUUCGAAAACACCUUUGUCGAGAAAAAUGGAAAGAGGUUUGAAGACUGAAUUCUAUUUGUAUUGAGGAAAUCCUCACCACUCAUGGUUAUACAAUAGUAAUUUAUAGUGCUGUAAACAAAUGGCAUCGAGGCAAAUGCGUUAUGGAAGGUUACAGGAGACUUUGUAAACAUAAAUAAAGUACUGAAAAGUCA